GGCGAGUGCAGUGGACAGUGGUGUGCGGCGGAUUCGUGCGGGCCAAGUGGAGCCUCGAGGAGCAGCGGCGCGUUCUUGCGGUCCACAUCAGCGGUCGCCGAGUUGUCGCGGGGAGUCCCAAGGGCGGAACGGUGGAGCGCUGCGUGGAGGACCACCAUCAUCAUCAGCUGGUGGAUGCCAGCGGAGAGACCCCGGACAACGGCGCUGGAGGGGAGCAGGGGCUCGAGGGCGGUGCUGGCGCGGGUGGAGGAGGAGGAGUGGGGGGCGCAGCCGCCCUGGGAGAAGGUGGAGGGCCUUCUGGCUGGAGCCGCGAGGGAGAGCUGGAUGUGGUGACGGCGCACUUCAGGGGCAUGCUGAGCCUCACUGACGAGGUCAACGACGAUUGGGCAUUCCUCAAGGAUUUUCUAGGCUACAAGUCUCACGUCCGAGAUUCCGAGACCGGCGAACUCACGGCGCCCCGCCCCGACGCCGACCCACAGGCCGUCACCGCUUCCCCCGCGCCGCACCUGGGCCUUCACGCGCCCUCGCAGUUGACCCCGCCCUCGCCGAGCCACGCGGUCAGCCCGCCACAGGGAUCUCUUUCCUCUCCGCUCGCAGCGCUGUCCCCUGCGUCCCACGUGGGCACGCCCCUGCCCUCCAUCUCCACUCUAGUGCGGUACCCACCAGUCUCUUCCCCCUGCGUGUCGGGGGCGCCCGAGUGUCUGACCCCCGGUCACCAGGUGCCGCCCCUCACCCCUGAGGACGGGUGCCGCAGCCUCGAGGCACCGCCCACUCCGCUGGGAAGCAUCCACGACUCGCAGCAGUUCUCGGACAGCGACGCCAGCUGCCUCGUCCCUUCCGAGGGCAGCGCUUUCCGCUCCGUGACCCCUUCAGGAGAGAUCCCCGAGAGCAAACCUUCACCCUCGCUUCUCAGGGAUCUCCUGGUACUCGGCAAGCCGCCCAGGUCACAACAUGACCAGGGUCGGCUGGGCAGCCUGGUCCGGAGCGGGGAAAUGGAGCGGUGGCAGGAGGUGGUGCAGUACCUAGGGCUGCCCAACCCCCACCACACCCAGGCGCCGCACACGCCCAUGGCCGCCCACAGUGCCUCGCCCACCCACGCUCAUGGGCAUGGACCCCCUCUCCACCACCCGCACGCCCUCUAUCCUCCCCACGACGCCUCCACCGCCACGCCCGCGGCGCCCGUGCCCAGGGGCGUCCUCCUCAACAACGCCACGUUACCGCCGCCUAUGUCAGACCCCAUGAGUCACAACAUCACAUACACCAACAGUAUGGGAGCUUCGAGCCACUUGGUGACUACCAGCAUGAACCUGACUAACAAUUCAGACCUUGCUGGCAGUGACCAAAACCAGUACAAGAUGGAGGCCAACACCUCACUGCCCUCCGAAAUGAUGUAUUACCAGAACAGCAGCCUCGAAGCUUUUAUGCUGAAUGAAACAACAGAUGCUUUUAUGGUGAAUGAAACAGCAGAUGCUUUUAUGCUGAAUGAAACCACAGAUAGACUCAUAUCGGACGUUUUGGCUGCAGAGAAUACAAGUACGGAGAUGAAUCAGACGACUGAUGGUCUCUUGUCCUCCAUCCUCAAUGAUGAAGCUUUGGGCUUGAUGGAAAUGGCCAUGAAUGACUCCGGUUGCGUGCUGCCUCAGCUUGGUGGUGAGGAAGGUGUGGACGCCUCCAGUGACUCAGCAGUAUCCUCCCUCAGUCCCGAUGAAACCUGGGGCACAGUGGACCACACUACACGACCCCAAGACAAUGGCAGUCGAAACCAGAGUGGAGACUACAGUGCAGGAAGCUAUCGCUAUGGACCUGAGGAUCCCCACAGAAUGCCACCAGUACCAUUGAAAAAGCAACACAUGUUCGGCAGAGACAAGAGAUACUUUCAUGAUAACCUACAAGGAGCAACUGGUGGCAUGGGAGGUGGCAGCAGUGCAGGUGUUGGAGAUGUCGGAGGCUAUGGAGGCCAUUAUCCUCCACCUGGCAUCCAAACCAUGGAGGGAGCCACUGCCUUGGAUCCUGCCGAGAUGAAGUAUUCUUGCACAAUGGACUUCCGCUCUCAAGGAGAGGUGUCAGGUUCAGGAGUAGAACAUGUUCAGCACAACCACACAUACCACAUGUCUCCUGAGGGGCCAUCGGGUCUGUCACGUCCAACUUCAAGAGAUAAGCAAAAAAAUCGGAAGAAUGAGCAUGACCGGGCACUCACAAGAGAUGAGAAGCGAGCCAGAGCGAUGAACCUGCCAAUCUCCUGUGAUGACAUCAUCAAUCUUCCCAUGGAUGAGUUCAAUGAGCGGAUCUCCAAAUACGACCUAACUGAGGCCCAGCUUUCUCUUAUCCGAGACAUCCGACGUCGUGGCAAGAACAAGGUUGCUGCUCAAAAUUGUCGCAAACGGAAGCUGGAUCAAAUCCUUCACUUAGCGGAUGAAGUAAAAGCCAUUCAGAAUCGCAAAAAUGAGCUAUACAAUGAGUACGAAUACUUGAGCUCAGAACGAACCCGUAUUAAACACAAGUUCUCGCUAUUGUACCGACACAUAUUCCAGAGUCUGCGUGAUCCUGAUGGCAAUCCAUACUCUCCACAUGAAUAUUCACUGCAGCAAUCUGCUGACGGGAGUAUCUUGUUGGUCCCUCGCUCCUCCACUGCUCAAGGCAUGGACCCAAGCUCCAGUAACAAGCCAAGAGGGAAGGAUGACCCCAAGCAGUGAGCUAGCCAGCCAACCCUGCCAUACUGCCUCAUCAUCUAGACAAAGAUUCACUUUUAAUGGCAUGAAAACAAAUCUGAGAUCUCCAUUACUGUUAUACGUUAGAAAGACUUGGCUUGGCUUCGUACAGUGCACUUCUGCCAGAUGUGCUGCAGUGCUGCUAAACAUUGCUGUGCUCAUCAGAAUUGUUGAUAAAACUAGUUCAUGGUGCUGAUGUCUUUGUUCAGUGGCACUGAAUGUUUUGUUAUUGGUGUUCUGUCCAUCACAUACCACAUAAAUUUGGUUUCUUGUUGUUAUUUAAGGCUGAGUCAUAGUACAUAUAUGAUAGAUGAAAUGCAGUGUAAAUGGGUUGUUUCACAAUAGUGAAUUAUGGCUGCUAAUUUAGCAUUUUAUCCAUGAAAAUGAAACGGGCCUCAGUUAAUCAAGUUUCAGCUGCAUUUUGCUCACUGCUCGUUCACCUGGGUCUGCAAAACUGAAAGAGACAUUGAUUAAACUUGCUUAUGGUAGCAAUGUUUUUAGUUAAAAAGGCUGUGAUGAUAACUCGAGUAAAUCGCAUACAAACAAAACAUUUAUGGGUGUUUGUGUAAGUGAAUGGAUAUUUUAUGUACAUGUUUAUAUAUAUAUGGUAUAUAUAUAUGUGUAUGUAAAUAUAUAUGUAUAUAGAUAGAUAAAUAUACAUGUCCACACACACACACAAGCACUAAUUUUUAGGAUCAACAUGUCUGUGUGCACAUAUUGUACAUCUGUGUGCGUGUGCGUACACACAUUCACACUCGAACUCAAACUCACACAUACAUACACACACCCAAUCACUUUACAUAAUUAUAUGCACACAUGCAUUCAAUUACAUGCGCAUUCACUCAUUCACUCACCCACUCACACUCCACAAGAUCUCGUUUUGGUAUUAAAAUACAGGUAUUUUGAAUUUUUUUGUUUUGUCACAGCUCAAGAUACUUUUAGAGCAAAAAAAAAAUUCCAUUGAAAUUCUUCCUUUACUUGCUUUUACAUUGAAACUAAAAGAACUUCAUAUCCUUGCUACCCAGCAAUUGGAAUCACAGUGUCAGGUCCCCCAUGUUGAGGUGGACAUCAUUUGUUUGCCUCUGUUUAACUUGCCUUGUUGGUUGGUUACCAUAUACACAAUAUAUAUAUGGUUUCAUGAAUAGUUCCACUUGAUUGUAAGGAUGGAAAGAAAUAUGUAAACUAAAUUAACAAUUAAUUUUGUUGAAUCAGAUACAUAUUUUUCAUUACCUUAAAGGAUAGUUAUUUAUAAAUUGUGAAUUCUGUGUUGGAGAAAUUGGCGCUGAUGCCCAAGUGUACUGUAUAUUAGGAAAAAAAUGCAUGUUGAGGUUUGUUUGUACUAUGUUGUUAUAAAAAUGAUUAUUUAAAAAGGCAGAAUGUUUUAUAGAUGGCAUUUGACACACACUGUUUUUGUGCAAACAGUUUGCUGUACACUAAACUCAAAAUCAUUAUAUCCUAUUGGUUGAGCACAACACAGACAAAGUACAUUUGAUGUUAAUAUCAUGAAUCUUUGAUAUUAAACUGCAAGCCAGAGGUAUACAGAAUCUAGAAUGGUUCAUUUAUCAUUUCCUUACUACCUUAGAAGAUCUAAGGAAUGCACAGUUUUAAGGGAUUAUUUUUUUUCCUUUUUAGGUAUAUUGUCUUUUUGACUACAUUGUAAAUGUAGUUACCAAUUAGUUGGAAGAUUAACAUUUAAUUUGUCAAGGGAAAACAUUAAAAUGUGAUAUUUUUGAGUUCUUGUAGCUCUUUCUUCAUCCCAGUCUUGUGAUUUUAGGAUACCUCCCUAAAGAUAGAAAUAUCCCAGAACAGGAUAUGAUUGAAUCAUUACAAAUUAUUUUUAUUCAGAAAUACAAAGCAGUUUGUAAGUAGCAUUUAUGGAUUUUGCCUUGUGAUCAUCUAGUGUCUGCUUAGCUCUUCAGACACCUGGAAAGGAUGCAGUCACAAUUGUGUAAUUUUCAUCAAAAAGGAUUAUUAUGACCAUAGUGAUACUUUUCAAACAGAGCUUUUGAAGAUAUUGAUGUCAAGAUAUCUUCUUUACUUUUUGGCAGGGACAGAUCCUCAUUGUUGUAGGGUGGGAACGGGUGCUCUGUACACAUGCUAAUAUUAUUUUGAUAAUAAGAAAACUUCAGUUUAGGGAUGUAUUAUUCUUCUUAUUGUACAGAAGACAUAUGAUAGUUUUUUUUUCUGUUUUGUAGAUUUGGAAUUUAAGUAAAAAUCUAAGUGGUCAAGGAGAAGAACCUAAAUCAACUGGGUACACCCAGUCCCUAGCUUAUUAAUUUUUAUACUAAAGUAUGUUAGUAUUGUAAUUGGUAUACUAGCACCAUCAGCUAAUCACAUCCCAGUGAAUAAUCUUACUUGAACUGCUCAGAUAUUUCUCACAUAUUGUUAUAUUUUAUUUCAGAUUUGUGUAACAUUGAAUUUUUAUCAGCUGUACAUAAUUCUAACUAACCAUCAUGAAAUAUUCCUAAUAUAUAAAAGUGGUAGAUACCACAUCACCUAUUGCCUUCUAUAGUUUCCUAUACACUGUGGGCAUGGAACUGAAAAUUGUUCACUCAUCAAGGUGUAUGAGGCUGGCUGGAGGGUUGUAGAACCAAAAACACGUGCUCAUAACUUUCUUGUGUAAGUUUUACGUGUAAUUUUUGACAUUUGUUAAUGUAGAAUUUAAGAAGCUUCUUAAUGUUUUUAUAAUAAAAAUCAUCUGUUGUGAAACCCUCCAGGCAAGUCACACCAUCUGUAGAAUAGAGGAAGUGGAGGGUUUUUCAGUUAUUGCUUUAGUGUAAGGUUGGUGGAGAUGACCACAUUGUGUAAACUACUGCUAAUGUUCAUGGUGGUAAAAAAGCCACUGAUUUGACUCUGGCCAUUGUUUGUGGUGGUAGUGAGGCACUAACUUGACUCUAGCAACAGUGAACGUAUGAUAACAUUAUCAGUCUUAAAUUCAUGGAAUACUGUUAUGUAUCGAGUCAUUUCAUUUUAACUUGCUCCAUUGUUUCUGCUGAAGGAUCAUCAUUAGUAAUGUUAGUAAUUUCAGUUUUUCAUUUUGUUUUAAGUAUUGUCCUAUGGUAUUUGAUUCAGAUAAGAUGAAUCUAUUAGGAUUCAUUUCUUAUUGCACUAUUAUUCAGGUCAAAAUAUAACAGGUGCUGAUAUUCACUUGUAUGGACAUCUUUCUCAUCUCCUACAAAAGUUUAAAAAUAUUGUAUUCCUCAUUUCUUGACAGACUUCUUUGACCUUGUUUCUUGUCAACAUUUCUAGAAUGUCAGACCUCAGAUCUUCUCAAAAGUCUAUUUUCUGCUCUGUGAUGACUUUCUGUACAAAGCUGCACCUGAUUUACAGGUUUGGAAGGUUCAGGCCUCAGUGACUGGACGCUUCCUCUACUACUGAAUGUAAAUAUUGUUUUGCCUCUGCAAUGGAUUCAAAAUUUGUCUUAUCUGACGAAUUGUGAUUGCUGUUGGUAAAGACCUAACAUAAAAAAAAAUUGCUAGAGCUUGUAUUUUUAUGUACAAUAUGGAAAGUGUUUUUAAUAAAAACGUAAGUAGA